AAACCUCUCUCUCUCACUCUCACUCUAAAACCUCCAACGAUGCAGCCUCAGCCUCACAUCUCCCCAACCUCCGCCCAAGCCGCCAUCUCCGCCGCCCUCAAAUCCCAACGCCUCAAAAAACACCGCGGAAGCUACAGCUGCAGCCGUUGCGGCCAACCCAAGAAAGGCCACCUCUGCCACCUCCCCUCUCCUCUCGACGACCUCCCCGCCACUCCAACCGCUCCAAAACCCCUACCCACCUCAAUCUCCGCCGCCGCGUCCUCCUCCACUCGUCCCCACCCUCCCUCGCUCCGUCACUCUCUCACUCUCCCUCGCCGCGCCUUAUCCUUCGACGAAGUCGAUGCCCUCGAUGAGCCGCCGCCUGAUCUGGAGGAUGCGUCGUCGACGGAUCUGGAUGUUGUUCAGCCGGGGAGGUUUAACGCGGUGGGGCUAUGGGAGGUGCUUAAGAGGCUUCCUCCUUCUGGUUUACUGAUGGCGGCUAGGGUUUGUAAGGGAUGGAGAGAGACAGCGAGGAAGAUGUGGAGAGUUGCUGAGGAGUUAAGGAUUAGGGUUCCGGAGAGGGCUCGGAUUGGUUACGUUGGAUCUUUGUUGCAAAAGUGUCCUGCUCUCGUUAGACUCUCUCUUCUAAUCGACAGUGAUUUUGACGCGACGACUCUGGCCUGCAUUGCUUUCUCUUGCCCUAAUCUUGAGGUUUUGGAGAUUUCGACUUGUGGUGCAGCUGUUAGUAGGAUCUCUGGGGAUGAGUUAGCUCGCUUUGUUUCUAAUAAACGUGGACUUAGAAGCCUUAAGAUGGAAGGGUGUUCUAGUUUAGGAGGGUUUUCACUCUCUUCAUCAAGCUUAUCUACUAUCUGGCUUGCGGAUAUUCAUUCUCUCUCGAAGAUGGUCUUUAACUGUCCAAAUCUGAUAGAGUUAUCACUUGAGUUUUCUCUUCAAGAAGAAGAUUCAACUGAUCUUGUAGCAAUGGUUGAUGGUUUGGGAAGGACUUGCACUAGAUUGCAGAAGAUUCACAUAGCCUCUCUGAAGCUUUCACACACUUUUGUACUUGCUCUUACUGCUGUGAAUUUCAGGGAUUUGAGAAUGCUGUCACUAGUUCUUGGGAUAGAUAUUACUGAUGCUUCUGUAGCCGCCAUUUCCUCAAGUUACACAAACCUUGAACUGCUUGAUCUGAGUGGUUCCAGCAUUACUGAUACUGGCCUUGGGAUGAUCUGCGAUGUCUUACCUGAUACACUUUCAAAAUUACUUGUUGCUCUUUGUCCCAACAUUACAUCAAGUGGCAUUCAGUUUGCUACGGCUCAACUGCCUCUUCUUGAGCUUAUGGAUUGUGGCAUGACUGUGUCUGAUCCCACUUCAGAUAACCCUACCUCUAAAGAGAAGAGUUCGACUCCACAAAAAAAAUCAGGCUACAAUCAGAAGAUGUUUAUUAAACAUAAACGGCUAAAGAAACUCAGUUUGUGGGGAUGCUCCAGUUUGGACGCUUUGUUCCUAAACUGUCCAGAGCUCAAGGACUUGAAUUUGAACUCAUGCAGCAAUUUGCAACCUGAGAGUUUGGUGCUCCAGUGUCCAAAUUUGGAAGUUGUGGACGCAUCAAGAUGCCAAAACCUAUUAAUAGGAGCUAUCCGAAAACAGGUUUCUGAAAACUUAGCGGCUGUUGACGACCCUAUGCCACUGAAACGUUUGGCUGAUGCGUCUAAGAGGAUUCAGGCUCCAGCUUCUUUAUACCAAGAGACAAGAGAAGAUGAGAAUAAUCGAGGGAAGAAGAGAAGGAAGGUUGAGAGACAAGUGUGCACCAUUAUACAUUAGUAAUAAUGAAACUCUUUCUAUUAAUAAUACUACUCUCUUGGGCUCGUUCUUCUACCAACUCUAUUUAGAUGUACAUUUGACUAUGUUGGAUUACGUAUGCUGCUCUUUAUUACUUGUGAACUAUCACAUGUCUUGAUCUUUGUUUUCC